GGCGGCGGGUUAGGCCUCCCUCCUCGAGUCUCUUGCACGCUUCUGCGCUUGAUUCCCGAGCCUCAGCCUCAGGAUUGGCAACGUGCACCCCGCGUUCCAUCCCCAGAUCUGUCUUCUGAGACUUUGCCCUUCUCCAGGGAGAGCAUUCAGGAGACCAGGAAAAUGGCCACGGGGCUUCUGAAAGCCAAAAAAGAGGCAUUCGUGGCAUUCAGGGAUGUGGCUGUGGACUUCACCCAGGAGGAGUGGAGGUUGUUGAGCCCAGCUCAGAGGACCCUGCACAGGGAAGUGAUGCUGGAGACCUACAACCACCUGGUCUCACUAGAAAUACCGUUUUCCAAACCAAAACUUAUUUCUCAGCUGGAGCAAGGGGAAGAGCCUUGGAUAGAGGAGAGACAACAUCCACUGGGCCUCUGUCCAGGAUCAAAGCUAAACAUUCAGCUUUGUCCCCACUGCCCCCUGGCAUUCACUAGUCAGCAAGACCUCAGCCAGCAUGUGUGGUUCAGUCACCUGCCUCAGCUCUUCUCAAGUUUACAUGCAGGAAAUCAUCUCCAUCCAGGGAAACACUAUCCAGAAGAUCAGAAACAGCAGCCGAAGCAGCUCUUUGGUCAGACCUGCUUGAGUGACAAAACAGAAAUUCAAGAGGCAGAAGACCCCAAGUUCUUGUCGGGGAGAAGAGUAAGCAAAAGCAGCACUUCAGAGGUAUUCUCCAGCCUACUGCAAGAACAGCCAGUAAGGUCCAAGCAAGACAACACAGUAAUGGACCUAGGGCCCAGUCUAGGCCAGAGGACAGCCCUUGAGGAAACAGACAAAAUGUUGCAUGGUGUAGAAGUCUCAGGAUUUGGAGCAAUCAAAUAUGGGGAAUUUGGGCUAGGCUUUUUGAAGGAGCCAAAACUGCUCAGCCUCCAGAAGAUGGACGCGGGGGAGACACCUUACAUGUACACUGAGUGGAAACAGAGCUUUAGCAAAAGGUCAAUCCUCAUCAAAAACCAGAGGAUACCCUCUGGGGAAAACCCUUAUGUGUGCAAGGAAUGUGGACGAGGCUUUACCUGGAAGUCAAACCUUAUCACACACCAGAGGACACACUCAGGGGAGAAACCUUAUGUGUGCAAGGAGUGUGGACGAGGCUUUACUUGGAAGUCAAACCUCUUCACACAUCAGAGGACACAUUCAGGGGUCAAGCCGUAUGUGUGCAAGGAAUGUGGGCAGAGCUUUAGCCUGAAGUCAAACCUUAUCACACACCAGAGGGCACACUCUGGGGAGAAGCCUUAUGUUUGCAGGGAGUGUGGGCAUGGCUUUCGCCAGCAUUCCCAUCUCAUCAGACAUAAGAGGACACAUUCGGGAGAGAAACCUUAUGUGUGCAGGGAGUGUGAGCAGAGCUUUAGCCAGAAGUCACACCUCAUUAGACACUUAAGGACCCACACAGGAGAGAAGCCUUACAUAUGCACAGAAUGUGGGCGCCAUUUUAGCUGGAAAUCAAACCUCAAGACACAUCAAAGAACACACUCAGGGGUUAAACCUUAUGUAUGCCUGGAGUGUGGGCAGCGCUUUAGCCUAAAGUCAAACCUCAACAAACACCAGAGGUCACACACAGGGGAGAAGCCAUUUGUGUGCAGGGAAUGUGGACGAGGCUUUACCCGGAAAUCAACCCUGAUCACACACCAGAGGACACAUUCAGGGGAAAAGCCAUUUGUGUGCAGGGAGUGUGGGCGAGGCUUUAAUGAUAAGUCAACCCUCAUCGCACAUCAGAGAACACAUUCAGGGGAAAAGCCUUUCAUAUGCAGGGAGUGUGGUAAAAGGUUUAGCCAAAAACCAAACUUAUUUAGGCACAGGAGAGCACACUCAGGUAGUAUACUCUUUGUGUGCAGGGAGUGUGGGCAAGGCUUUUGUGAUAAGUUAACUCUCAUCACACACCAGAAGGCACACUCAGGGGGGAAGCCUCAUGUGUGCAGGGAAUGUGGGCAAGGCUUCAGCCGGCAGUCACACCUUAUUCGACAUCAGAGGAUACAUUCGGGAGAGAAGCCUUAUAUUUGUAGGAAGUGUGAGCGAGGCUUUAGUCGGAAAUCAAACCUCAUCAGACAUCAGAGGACACACCUAGGAUAGGAACCUUCUAUGUACAAGUAUAGUGAAAUCUUUAGCCAAGACUCCUAUUUCAUGAGAUGCCCAAAGUCACACUUAGGGCUGUGGCUUUAGUAAUAAGUCAGCCAUUGCCAGGCACCAAAAUAGAGACAUUUUAUGUGUGACAGGAGUGUUCAGGAGCCUAAUAGUAAAAGUCAACAUCUCCAAUCCGUGUGAAGGAGAACUGCUGGCUCAUUUUCAGGAGCUCUGGCUUUUCCUAGUGGGGAUGAUGGGUUGUGGAAGAUCUGUCAGGUAACUUGUUGGAGAGGGCACUUCUAAGUAGGCUGAAAUUGGGGAAUGGAGACCAUUCUAUCAUCUUCCAAGAACAUUUGAACACUCUUUACACAGUAGCCUGAUAUUAGAGAAACAGCAAUACUAGAGAGCAUCUCUUAAUGUCUGUCUUAUAUUUUUAGAACAAGAGACUUGACAGAAACCAUGGCUGAUUUAGUUUCCCAGAGAUGACCUAGCAAAGUCAGCAUCAGGGAGAGUUUGGGAGACGGUGAAUUCAUGUGAACAGAGAUGUUGCAUGGGUAGAAGAAGGUUUUAUUAUGGAAAGGGCUGACUGGUGAGAAAGAUUGUGACUAUCCUAGCUCUAGGUUUUGGGAAGGGGUGUCCAUUUUUGCUUGUUUCCUGGGGCUCUCUUUUGUUUCCAGGUUGAGUCCAUACUGAAGAUAUUUUUAUUUACUGGUGUAGAAAUGUAUUAUAUGCUUUCAUGAAGAAAACACCCUUACAUAUACAGAAAUAGAAAAUGAAAUUACUUUCUAUUCUUCUUUGAAUUGCCAUAAUAUAUCCUACAGGUAAUUCUUUGGUUUAAAUCUUUCCAACCAUUAUAAAAUAUAUGAUUUUUCUGGUUGGGAGUACUCUUUUUUUGAGAAUGGCAGUGUCCUACAAAUUCAUUUAUAAUUCUGAGUCAAGGCCCAAUUUUUUUUUUCAUGGAACUUGACUAAAUGAUUCUGAGUUUUAUUUGGAAAGUAGAAUUUUGAGAUUUUGAGAAACUGUAUAAUAACAUGUCUUUUUAUCUGUGGACAGGUAUUUAGAGUAGAACCAUAUAAAAAUAGGAAAAACCUCACUUGUAUAUGAGUAUUUAGAAAGUGAUGAAACACAAUUUCUUUCUUUUUUUUUGUUUGUUGAUGAAACA